AUGGCCUCCGCGAUCAGGGCCAACUGCAGAAAGGUUAUCUGCAUUGGCAGAAACUAUGCCGACCACAUCACAGAGCUGAACAACACCAAGCCCAAGCAGCCCUUUUUCUUCUUGAAGCCCGCUUCUGCUAUCCUCUGCCCCGGCGAAGGUCCUGUGCUGCGCCCUCAGGGAACCAACCUGCACUAUGAGGUCGAAUUGGCGCUGGUGAUGGGCAAGACCGUUCGGGAUCUGGACCCGAAUGACGAUAAGGGUGCCUUGGAUGCGAUUCACAGCUACCUCCUCGGUAUUGACAUGACCGCCCGCAACGUCCAAGAAGAAGCAAAGAAGAAGGGCCUCCCGUGGACCAUCGCCAAGGGCUUCGACACCUUCCUGCCUGUCUCUCAGGAGAUCGCCAAGUCGCGUCUUCCCGACCCUCACAAUGCUUUCCUCCGCUUGAGCGUUGGAUCGCAAAUGCGCCAGGCCGACUCCACUGGUCUGAUGCUCUACCGCAUCCCCAGACUUCUGGCGGAGAUCUCCCGUGUCAUGACUCUGGAGAAGGGUGACCUUGUCCUGACUGGUACCCCUAAGGGUGUGGGCCAGGUCAAGUCUGGCGAUGUCAUGAAGGCGUCCAUUGAGUAUGACGGUAAGGAGCUUGAGGAGGGUCGCAUUGAGGUCGAGGUCAAGGACCGUGAGGGUAGAUACCGGUACAGUGAGACCUAA